AUGACUCAGGACCAAUUCUACCCAUGCCACAAUGAGUUCAGAAGUGAUACUUUCACUGUUCCAACCCGAUCCAUGAUUGAAGCCGUCACCAUGGCCACGGUUGGUGACUCAGUAUACAAAGAGGACCAAGACACCCUCGACCUUGAAGAGAAAGUUGCCAAGAUUGCCGGAAAAGAAGCAGGAUUGUUCUGUGUUUCUGGAACAAUGUCCAAUCAAAUUGGUCUGCGUGCCCAUUUGAUGCAACCACCCCACCGCAUCCUCUGUGACUUCAGAGGUCAUGUCUAUGCGCAUGAAGCUGGUGGUUUGGCUACGUUGUCCCAGGCCAUGGUCACUCCGGUGAUUCCAAGCAAUGGGCUUUACUUGACUUUGGAAGAUGUCGUUGACAACUACAUUCCGGAUGACGGUGAUAUCCAUAUGGCACCCACUAAGGUUGUCUCUCUGGAGAACACUGUCCAUGGAAUUAUUAUGCCACUCGAAGAAAUCGCAAGAAUCUCCGAAUGGUGUAAGGAAAACGACGUCAAACUACACUUGGAUGGUGCCAGGCUUUGGAACGCAUCUGCAGAAACAGGUAUUCCCAUCAGUGAGUACUGUCAAUACUUUGACUCUGUUUCUCUGUGCCUUUCGAAGUCGUUGGGUGCCCCAAUCGGUUCCAUCUUGGUUGGUCCUAGAAAAUUCGUCGAAAAGGCCAACCAUUUCAAGAAGCAAAACGGAGGAGGUAUUCGCCAGGCUGGUAUGCUUGCCCGCAUGGCCUCCGUUGCCAUUGAUGAAAACUUUGGAAAGCUCAAGGGAGCAUCUGCUCUCGCUUCGGACUUUGCAAAGUUCUGUCAAGAGCACGGAAUGGCCUUGGAGGGACCAGCCGAUACCAACUUUGUCUUUCUUGACCCUAAGAAGGUCAAGAUUGACCCUGAGGUUUUGCAGACGAUUGCUGCUAGAAAUGACGUGAAGGUCAUGGGAAACAGAUUUGCUUUCCAUUUCCAAACCUCAAAGAUGGCAGUCGAGAACUUGAAAAAAACCAUUUUGGAAGCUUUUGAGCACUCAUUGGAGCAUCCUUAUGUUUCUUCCGGAGCCAUUCGUUUGUACCACACAAAAAAGGCCUAG